GCAAGAGAUGAUGACCCAAUGACGGGUAAGACUCUCCAAUGGCGAAAAAGGGGGGCAACCUAAGGCAGGGCAUCACCACCCUGGAAACCUGCCCAAAAAGGUUUGAUAUGGGUUUAAGGAAGUGGAUGAAAGCUCUUAGGUCAGAAGCAUCAAAAGGGAGGUCUAGAAGAGACCUGCCCGAAAAAAUGUGAGUUCCACUCAGCCCGACUACAUUUUAAUAACCGCUUUACUAAAACAACUUAUCACAGUGUUAAAUAUCAAGCAUUCUGUCACUGUGCUAUCAGGGAUCAUACCCUGUGUGAAGAUUAUUUAUAGAUUGGGUUUUUGGGGUAAAGUUUUGAGAGCUGUUGCAGACAAGGGAGUGCCUGACUUAUUAAAGAAGAGUGAAACAAACCUGGGAAUGUUUGUAUGAUAAUUAAUUUAGAUUGGAAGAUGAUUUAUUACUUUUACUUAUGCUUUUAUUGAACUCAUGUACAUUUUAAUAAUAAUGAAGAAUGAAAAAAAAACAUUGUGGUGACUAAAGAUUAAGAUUGCUUGUCUUGUUUGUUUAUUACAAUCUAAAUGGAAUUGUUUAAGAAAUAGGGAUACGUGGUUGGCUAAAAUUGGUAUAAUGAUUGAAACAACAGUUCUUGUGGGUGGAAUAAUAUUCUGUUGUGUUACCAUUGAUCAAAUCAUUCUUGAUCUGAGCUAUAACAAAACAGAUGACACUGAUCAAUGUGAAUGGUCUAAUGCAAUACAAUGACAAUUAACCUGGAUGGACAGAAAGACCAAAUUGGGAGGAAACUGAUUCAUCCAAUUAAGAUAUAUAUGAGGAGAUGAAUGAUGUGUUACAUAUUUAAUCAUUCUUUCAUUGACUUAAUACUCUGAUUUACUCUGAUGCAGUUUGAAAUUAUGGAAAACAGCUUAGCUUGCAGUUUCUCUCUAUGUAAGGCCUUUCUAUGUCAAGGGACAAUUAGUUGAUGUGAUACAGACAGUGAGAGACCUUGGGAAACAUGAGGAGACAUUAUCUGGAUGCAGAACAAUUCACAUUGGUUAGGAGCAAAGUGCCUGUAAAACCAUUAAACAGAAAACAAAUAAAUGCUAUUCUGAAAUAGCUAAGAAAGACCAAUAAAAUACUUUAGGAACUGUGACAAGUCCUCAACCCAGCAAAAGCCCAGGGGAAGUCAGGGGUCGGAUACUUUUAGUGAUCCUCGUCUGACCAGCCUGGUGAAGACUAGUUAAGGAUAGAUACGAGCUGGGGUUAUAGAGGUACACUGAAAUAUAAUAUACACUGUGAUAAUAAAAGUUAAGCAACUAUGACAUAAACACCAGUAGAACAGAUGUGCUCAAUGUAUCCAAUAUGUAGACACAAUAAGGGAGUGUCUAAAAAAUGGGAAAAAAUAAUAAAGAGCUUAAACACAAAAUGGCCAGCAGAGGGAGCAUUUGAUGUGGUUAUGUGUAGGGAAAUGGAAGCAUUGAUCAAAAAUCAUAAAGCCAAAAAAAAAGGGAAAGGGAAGAUAAGAGAUAAAAAGAACCAGAAGUAUUGCAGUUGUUUAAAAAUCAUAGAAUAAAAUUAAUAAAAGCUGAGAGACAGACAAAAAGACCAGUAGAUGAUAAAAGUGAAAAAACAGAGAGACCACCUCCCUAUGAACUUAUACGUGAGUAAGGGAAGUCAGGCAAAAGAUCUAGGACCAAUGAUGGAAAGAGCGGAAAAGAAAAAGUGGGAAGCCACAGAAAAUCCUUUAAUCUUUGAAUCUUCAGAUAAAACAUGCCUAAAAAUUUUGUUACACUACUAUGGGAGGUAUUCCAAGGGUGGUGGUGACUACUAAAGAAAAAGAAAAAUUAGAUUCAAAAACAGUUGAACUAAUGUCAGAAAUGGAAAAACAUGCGCCUGUUGAACUAUGGUCUCAGCAUGAUACAGACGUAGGUUUAGUAAAAUCUGCAAAUCCAAUUAGAAUUAAACUUAAACCAGGAGUAAAAUUACCAAGAAAACAACAAUAUCAGUUAAAACAGGAAGCUGUACAAGGAAUUAAAAAGACAAUUGAGGGAUUGAAUAAGGCAGGGGUGUUAAUUGAAACAGUAAGUCAUUGCAACAUACCCAUAUUGCCAGUUGCUAAGGCAGAUAAAUCAAAGUGGUGCUUAGUGCAUGGUUUGAGAGCAGAGCAGUUAAUGAUGUAACGGAAGACUGGCCUGCUGAAGUUCCAAAUCCACAUAUGCUGUUGACUAAUGUUCCUCCUGCUGCCAAUUAUUUUACUGUUAUUGACCUGUGCUCUGCUUUUUUCAGCAUCCCUUUAGCAGAGGAAAGCAGACACCUUUUUGCAUUCACCUAUCAAGGUAAACAAUAUACAUACACCAGAAUGCCCCAGGGAUUUAAACAUUCACCACAUGUGUUCAAUCAAGUUUUGAAAGCUGAUUUGGAAGAUCUUAGAUUGGAUAGCACAUUGAUACAAUAUGUAGACGAUCUGUUGAUUUGUUCAACAACAUUAGAGCAAUGCCACCAAGACUCAAUUAAAGUGGUCACUAAAUUAGCUGAAGGAGGUCACAAGGUCUCAAAAGAGAAACUGCAAUACUGCCUACCACAGGUAGAGUACUUAGGACGAAUCAUUGUGCAUAAAACUAAAGCUAUAUCGCCAAGCCAAUUGGAAGGUAUAAGCAAAGCACCCCAACCACAAGCAGUGGGACAAAUGAUGUCCUUUUUGGGCAUCACAGGUUUUAGUGCUGAUUGGAUAGAAAACUAUGUUAUUAAGACUAUGCUCCCUUAAGAGCACUGAUGAAACAGACAGGGCAGCAAAAUCUCCGAGCUCGAAUAACAUGGGAUACGGAUGCAUUGAUAGCCUUUGAAUCAUUGAAGAAAGAACUUCAGACAGCUCCAGCGUUAGCAACCCCAGACUAUACUAAACCAUUCCAUUUAUAUGUAGCAGAUAGAAGAGACAGAUUUGCAUCAGCAGUCUUAAUGCAGGAGACCUGUAGUGGCAGAAAAAAGCAACCACUAGCUUAUUAUAGCACCAAGUUGGACAAUGUAGCACAAGGCUACCCACCAUGCUAUCAAGGACUUGCAGCAGUGUAUUUUGCAUAUGACAAAGCUUCCACUGUGGCAAUGAGCUAUCAAGUGAUAAUUUAUACACAUCACAAAAUAAAAGAGUUAUUAGAGCAAGGUAGAUUUGUUUUAACGCAAGCCAGGUGUUUGACAUAUUCAACAUUGUUAACUUACCCAGACAUUACCAUAAAGCUAUGUACAUCAAUAAAUCCAGCCAAUUUCAUUCCUCUAGAAGGGGAAGGAACACCUCAUGAAUGUGUAAUAGACUCUCUAGCUUUUACUCGUUUCAGACCAGAUCUGGAAUCAGCACCAAUCAUAGAGGCAGAGGCAGAUUAUUUUGUGGAUGGGUCAUGCUUUAGAGACCAUCUAGGAAAUCAUGCAGGGUAUGCUGUUGUCAAAAGAAAUGACAACAAUUUUGUUCCAGUUGUGAUGCAGCAUUGUGAGCAGCCAUGCUCAGCACAAUUGGCUGAAUUGAAAGUAUUGACUGAGGCUUGUCUCUUAGCUACAAAUCAAACUGUUAAUAUUUAUACAGAUUCCGCAUAUGCACAUGGAGUAUGCCAUUUAUUUGGAGCAGUCUGGAAAAAAAGAGGGUUCAAAAAGACUGAUGGGAAACCAAUUCAACAUGGUGACCAAUUAAUCAAGCUCAUUUCAGCCAUGAUGCAUCCAAAGAAAUUGGCUAUCAUCAAAUGUCAAGCACAUAAAAAAGGCAAUGUUUUUGUUAUUCAGGGAAAUAAUGCUGCAGACUUACAUGCCAAAAAGGCUUCAGGAUGCCAAGUACCAGUGAUGGCACCUGUAUCAGUUUUGCUUCAGCCUCAACCACAAAUAGAUGACAUUGCACGAAUGCAACAGCAAGCUGGCCUUUAUGAACAUACCAUAUGGCAACACAGAGGUGCAGGUAGAGAUGUCAAUGGCAUAUGGCGAUCUCAUGAGGGUCAUAUGAUUGCACCAACGGCACUCCUUACUAUUUUAAUCUCUGAUGCGCAUGGUUUUGACCAUUGUGCAUGGGGGGAGGUAAUUAGGAAAAUAAAAAGACAGUGAUAUUGGUCCCCAUAGCUACAGGCCAUGGUAGAUGAAUUUUUGGCUGAAUGUGAAAUUUGUGCUCAAAACAAUGUCAGAAAGGGUACAUCGGCACCAAUAGGUCACAUACCAGUCCCAGAAAGACCAUUUAAACAUCUUGUAAUGGACUAUGUUGACAUGGCAAGAUCGAUAAGAGGGAAAAGACACGUUGGUGAUAAUAGACAGAUUCAGCAGAUGGGUAGAGGCAGUACUAUCAGCAGACCAGGGAGCUCAAACUGUGAUACAAUUUUUUGACUAGAGAGGUCAUUCCAAGAUUUGGCAUACCAUCUCAAAUAUAAGCUACAAGGUGUGUCAGCAAACUCACAGGAAACUGACUUAUAAAUUGUGAGAACCAGACUCUAGUCUCCCCUGUAAUAAAAAUAUAUGAGGAACAAACAGCAGCCAUAGCAGAUUACUUUUGGAUUUGCAGAGGAAGACGGUUGAGAGCUAUAUUACCUAAACACUGGAAAGGAAUAUGUUCUAGAGUAAGACUAGUGCAAGAAGUAACCAUGUUAACAUGGGACCCCCAAGAAUCUGAAUCCCAGACUGAACCAAGAAAAAAACAAACGCAGAGUAAAGAGAGCAUACAAACCAGACCCUAAUGUUUAUUUAGAUGCAAUCAGUCAACCAAGAGGAAUACCACAAGAAUUUAAGGCCAGAGAUUAAAUAAAAUCAGGCUUUGAGUCUAUAUUUGUAUGGAUACCGGUUAAUAAGAAUACAGAAUGGAUUAAUUUAAUUUACUACAAUCAGAAAAGAUUCAUUAAUUACAUUGAUGAUGCAUUGAAGGCCUUAGGAGAACAACUAGAACCUACAAGUAAAAUGGCAUGGUUAGAAAUUGGUUUGACAACCUAUUUGGAUCCUGGGGAGAAUGGCUUACUAAAGUGGGAUUAAUAAUAGCCAUAGCUGUUGUUAUUUUUGUGUUGUUGUUUUGUUGUGUUGUGCCUCUUCUCAGAUCAAUGCUGGCCAGAGCUGCAGUUAAAUAGAUGAUCACUGUGACUGUAAAGCCAUCUGGAAUUGAUAUUGGGGCCACCAUACGUACCAUAGGCCCUGGUCAGAAUGAGCUGGACAGAUUCUAGAAAAACCUGGAAGUAUACAAGAAUGGUAGGGAAGGGGAGCCUUUUGUUUUGACUCUUUAUUUUCAAUUUCUCUUGUUUUUGGAUAGCAAGGGAGUCAGUAUACUCACUGUAUUUUCUUUUAUAAUAAAAUUAGGUAGUACUUUAGAAUGGAUAGAGUAGGCAGGAAGUUAGAGGGUAUUAUGUUUAUUAUUUUGGCAUAUACCCCUUCCUGAAGUGAUUAUUUUCUUUUAAAUUAUGUUUGUUGUUUAAUCAAACCAUGUGAAUGAAAGGGAAUGAUGAAGGUCUGAAGCAGAUCAUUAUCCAUGUUAUGAGGUAAUGUAACUAGGUAAUGUAACCACAGUUUAAAAUGAAAGAAGGUUUACUGUGAUUAUCUGCACUAUAUGCACUUAUAAAUGUUUUGUUUAACUCAUCUUUGAAGGUACUAAUAAUCAAGUAAAUUACUAAAGAAUGUGCCUUUAUGAACUCUAAAAUCACUGAAAGUGCCACUGGAGGUCCAGGGACUUAAAUAUCACAAAGACAGGAUCGACGAGCACCUCAGUGCUUAGCAGUGAGAGCAAGACUCUACUGGUGGUUUAAAAACCCGCUGUCUGCUCCAACACCACCAGAUAGCGCUCCAGGUUACCGAAAAUGUCUGAGUUCCUCUGGCACUGUGGGACGUAUCAGAUGCUAAUCUACUACUAUUGUCUAAUCACUGUAAUAUGUUAACCUACUGAAAAAAGUUGAAUCACUGAUGUAUUCUACAUACCGCAAUGCUAUCUUGGCAUGCACAUGCUUUGUACAAGAAUUUGAUUAUUGUUACUCUUCAGAAAAGAACUUAGCUAGGGAGCGAUGAGAUCUUUUACUUCCUUCUAGUCAAAUGUGGAGGGAGAUGUUUGGUCUCGUUGCUCCUCCGGAGUGCAGUUUUAUAAGUAUAGGCAUUGUUAGAGGUAUGUGUGACUUAUAUUGGUCACUUGAAAGAAAUGAUGGAGCUUGUCUUGUGAGGUUGCACUCUGGGAAAAGGGCGAUAGAAGGUGAGACUUUUUAUAAGUCUCAAAGGAGGGAAUAUAUGGUAGAUAUUUAUAUAUCAAAUGUAGAAAAAUACUAAUAUAGAAUAACUUUGUGUGACCCAGGAGAGGGCAUAUGAGGACUAAAAGUGCUGAUGUUACAAGAAACGCUCAGUGCACUAAGCUGUAGCAGAAAUGUUGCAAGAAAUACUCUUGUGUCCUCAGCUGUAAGCACAGAACAAUGGUACUGAGUCAUGAGAAAGCUCUGGGAAAGUACAGCAAAGUUAAAAGAUUGACGCAACCAAUAAUCAAAGUAACAAUAUAUGCUCAGAUUGUGACGUAUUAUUCAUUAAAAAUGUAUACUUUCAUGAUAAAUGCAUUUAAAAUGUUAUUUUUUAAAAUGGACUAAAAGCCAGGUUCCCACCAUCGAAAAGAGGUCAGAGGCACUGUGAAAUAAUGGUGGGAAACAGAAUCCAUUGGAUACAAAAGAUAUUAAGAUGGCGUAGGCAUGAAGUAAUGCUAGAUAAUAAACUGUACAAGAACUAAGGGUUUUGACAGAGAGAGUCAGAUCUCAGCUGACAUUUCGGGUUUGUUGGUAUGUUCAAUAAACUCUUAACAUUUGAC